AUGUCAACUCGUCGUAGUUCUGCUUCUCAGACAACCGGCAUAUCAUUUUUACUACCACGGGAUUUUGUUGAUAAUUCAACAACCAUCAAAUUAACCUUGCCUAAAUCUUCAUUUUGGUUUAUGUCAUUGAAAGAUAUACUGAAAGUUAUCGGUGUGCUCUUAGUUCCUUUGAUGUUAGGGGUUGUAACUCUAACAUUAACUAUUCAAAACACUAAAGAUGCAAAGGAAAAUCGUGCAAAAGAUUUAGAUAUUGCACAACGUCAACGUGAACAAACUGCUUACUUGGCUGAGGAAGAAAGACAAAACAAGCGUUUAGCGGAAUAUUUAAAUGCUAUAUCUUCAUUAAUGUUUUCAAAUCAAACAUUAGAUCCUCUGUUACGUGCAAAAACUCUGAGUGUUCUACGACAAUUAGAUGUGCAACGAAAGCGUGAAGUAAUUCUAUUUCUAUAUGAAGCUAAACUGAUUCGAACCGAUAUGAAUUCUGGAAUUCCAAUUAUUUCAUUACAAGAUAUAAAUUUAGAUAAUAUUGACUUUAAUGAUUUACGAUCACCAUAUACACAGCUUACAUCAAACUUCUAUUAUCAUACACAUAUGUCUUUACGUGGUGUUUCUCUACGAAAUGCAUCGUUUCAAAGACGAACUAUCUAUGGAUCAGAUUUGGCACAAACUGAUUGUACACAUGCAGAUUUUAGUUCAGCAGAUUUAUUCGAAAUUGACUUUAGUUAUGCAAAAUUAAUUGAAUGUAAUUUUGAAAAUGCACGUUUCGAUUCUGCUAAUUUACAGAAUGCUAAUUUAUCACAGUCAAAUAUUACAGAUGAACAGCUAGCUACAGCACUUACAUAUCAAGGUGCAAUCUUACCGAAUGGAACGAUAGCGAAAAAUAAAAAUCUGUUGAUUAACGAUGAUUGUAUUAGUGGCCACAGUAAAAAUUUAUCCGGAACACAUUGGAUGAUUAUAAAUGGAAGUCAACAAGCAGAUAGUCGUUUCUGCGAUGGAAAUUCAAAAAUGUGUAUAAAUGGAAUUUGUUCUUUUGACGAUGAACUCGAUACAACAAAUGAAAAAAGUACAUACAGUGUUGAUAUCGAAGUUUUAUUUCUACUCACAGCUGCAUAUGGUGAUGCUUGGGCAACGAACAUUCUACAUUUUCAUCUGGCUACACGUGGCACUCAAUAUGCGUUAUCAAAAGAUCGCAUUGAAAUAUUUGGUCGCUUUUUAACGCGAGGUGACGCAUGGUUCACCAUGGGAAGUGUAUGGACAUGGGGUAUCCUCGGUCGCGUCAUCGAUCGUGGUGUACAUGUAUGGUACACUCAUCUAUUUUCACCGGAUCGACUACGUGCAUUAGCAAUGGAUGUUACGAACACUUCCACUGCUAUAGCACUACGUGACUAUGCCGAUCGACUUGAACAUCGUCAUGAGACACCACCACUAGUAGGAAAUCGUCAUUUCUAUACGAGUGAUUUUCAGGUACACCGUAGAGCUAACUGGACGAUUGCAUUGAAGAUGCAUUCCGUACGAACCAUUGCUACGGAAUGUCUAAAUGGUGAAAAUUUGAAAGGUGAACAUAUAGGUGAUGGUGUGCUUAAUCUAUACACUCGUGAUGCUCAAUACGGAAAUGGUGAAGAGUAUGAGAAUAUUUUUGCCUUACUUGAUUGGCAAGCAAUCAACGGCAUUACGGUAGAAGUCGAUAUACCUCUACUACCGUGUCAUUCUCAGUUCUCUAUGCGAAAGACAACUUUCGUUGGUGGUGUUAGUGAUGGCAACUAUGGUGCAGCGAUGAUGGAUACGGCUACACACAAUCUCACAGCUAAACGAACAUGGCAUUUUUAUGAUGAUUUCAUCGUGGCAUUAGCUGAUGACAUUCAAGAUAACACUAGUGCUCUACUUCAGACGGCCGUUGUAAGCAGACUACUACCACCCGCAAGCACAGCAGCAGGACAGCUAAUUGUGCAAUGGAGCAAUGGAACUAAGAUGGUGUUAGCCGAUGGUGUAUACUCGUUUCCACCUUCCGAACCACGUCUGUUAUGGUUUCAUGCUGAUAACACUGCAUGGAUGGUGUUGGAUGAUUAUGCUGCACUAACUAUUGACUGUCGUAAUAAAUCUGGUAAUGUCAAUCAGUUGGGUCCCUGGAAUUUUGAAAUGCAGGGACGUUUGCUCACCGCCACUAUCGUUCAUGGCAGGGGACCUACAACUGAACCGCUAAGUUACAAAUACACAAUAAUGCCUAAUGUAACAGUUGAUGCAGUACCAGCACUUUGGAAUCGGUAUAUAUCAUGGGCUGAUAGUGCGUAUACACUAAAACACUUACAGAACGACGAUACCAUGCUGCAUUUGCACGGCAGUUGUGAUCCAUUCACUCGGCGAGCAUCUGUUGUGCUGUUCGAUAAUGCUUCGACUGCCAAUGAUGGUGUCUAUUACAACUGCAGUGAUCUAUCACUAAGUUUUUAUCUGGAACAAGCAGGCGCUUUUCUCUAUAGCGAGGAUUCUGAUAGCUUUACUAUUACUGCAUCGCAUCCAACACUUGCACAAGGAACUCUCGCUAUCAGUGUCAAUCGGGAUAGCGUUACCAGCAAAGGUUGUAGUCGUGACAUGCGCUGGGGAUCACAAGUCGGCACACAAGUAACGAUAACUCUUCCAGGUAGCAGUGAGCUGCUUGGCAUGAGCGUGUCAAUCACUUGCAAGAAAUCUAGCGUAUAGAUAUAUACUACAUGAAAUCCGAUAAGAUCAACACAUUAACAAAAAAAACUACUUAUCAUAUGCCGAUUCACUGACAUUUCGUUUGAAUAAAUAUAAAAAAACAUCAUCAUAAUAUAAAGUUAUUGCAUUCUUUGGUCAACUAUUACCAAAAAAAUAAUGUUUUUCAGAAGAAUAGCUUCCCAUCUCUAUCUCAUCAACAAUGCAGGAUUUUAUGAAGUGUUUAAAACAAAGUUUUUGAGCCCUUAAGAAAAACGGUGCAAUCAUUUCGAUUGAGAACAAAAUACCUGCACUACACUUAACGCAAUCUAUAGGAAAAGAAGGCGUGGUUUUUGCUAUAGACAUCAGCGGGAAAUGGUAACUAUGAUAUGAUGCAUCAAACCAUGACACGGCAUGAAACAAUGUGUAUAUUUGUAUUUUUUCGUAUAUAACCACAAUUCCUCAAUUUUAUACAAUACUACAAAGUCAUGCUUCCGUAAUGUGUUUGAGAAUAUCAACCAAUUAAAAGUAAAGAUCUGUGAUAGAUCAUGAUUACCCACUAUAUCGAGAAUAACAAAAAAGACUUAUAAUAUCUAUUUUCCAUUUAUCGUUGGAUAGACAAAUUAUAAAAACUUGAUUUUGUGAAAAACAGACAUGGUUCAAAUUUUUACAAUAAUUGAACUACAAUAUCCUCUUAACUUGUUCUAACAGAUUUUGACAGGGCUAAAAGGAAUACGUACGAGAUGUCGAAAUAUCUCACUGUUGUAAAUUCAAUUCGUUCUUUAUCGAAAUGACUUAUCAUCUUUUUCUAAAUUCUAAUACCUUCUGACGGUUUUUAGAUAUCAAGAUGAUCAUUUUGGCUAUAUCAAUGUAUUUAACAAUGAGUUUUGUAUGAUAACGGUAAUUUUGACAAUAAACUUAAAAUGUCUAGAGUAUUUACUUUGUUGCUACAGUGAGAAAUCAUAGCAGAUCGUACAUUUUCUUUUCAAUCCUUUCAAAAUCUAGUAGAACAAGUUAAGAGGAUCCUUCACUUCUAUCUAUUGAAUGUCAGAAGAAACAGACGUGAAAUAAUUUAUUUUAAUUUCCAGAUCUGAUCAAAAAGAGUGUUA